UGACACAAAUCCAGGGACACCGGCAGGUUGCCGAAGGGGCCAGGCCUCUUGCUGCAAGCCAUCUUGUCUCGCUAUGUCAUUGCGUAGUCCAAGGGCGGCGUUUUGUUGCCCAUCCACUCUCCAAUCAUCUUACACAGCCUCGGAGGUGCGUUCGAGUCCGAUCACCGCCGUCCACGCGUUCAGUGGGCCGCCGCGGCUGGGAGCAGCGAUGACUCUGCCCUGGACGGGAACCCGCACUGCAUUCCCGAUGCCCCGAGCGAGAGAUUCUCGUGCCAAAGCAAGGUUGUCUCGAUGAUGCUUCCAGCCAUCCGUUUCCUAGAGGACGAAAGCAUCUGCUUGGCUUGGUUUAAAGAGAGGGCCGUCGUCCCUAGCCGCCUCCCAAGACGUAGGUACCAUCACACUCGCUCAUCCAGAAACUUCACUGUACGAGGCGAUCAACAAUCUCUCCUCAAAAUGCAACUCCAAUCCUCCGUCUUCCUCUCCGCACUCGUGGCAGGCCUUGCCACGGCACAAGCGACCACCGACACCAUCGCCAUCACCGCCUCGAGCACAACCACGGCGAGCAGCAGCAGCACCAGCCUCUUCCUCCCGGGCAUCUCCUCCUCGUCGACAGCAACCGAUUCACUCACCACCACCACCACGACGCUCGCCACGUCCACCGCCCUCACCCACUCCACAACCACCCUCACGGGAACCGCAACCGCCACAGACCUGACACUCACCACCACCACCACCGGCGGCACUGGCACCGCCUCCUCCGCCGUGCAGGAAUCCCCCACCCCUUCCUCCUCGGACUCCUCUGGUGAUGACGAGCACAAAGACCACACCAGUGAGGGCGGCACAAAGUCCACCACCAACCGCCCGGCGAGCAGCCCAACCUCGCUCAACGGCGCCGCGGCGACUCAGGCUCGGUCCCAGUUUGGGGUGGCUGUGCUGGCGCUGGCCUUUGUCGCUGGAUUGGGGCUUUAAAACCAACCAAUGGUGAAGUCCCACUCCAUUCCGGUCGCGGUUCUUUUCCGGUCUACCUGCUUUAGGGGUUUCCUGUUGAAAGGGAGAGUGAAGUGGGGCUGUUGGGUGAGACAUUACAUUUGCGAUGGGAUGGUGGCUGGAAUGAGGGAGGGAGGGCCACCGCCACUUUGGGAAUUGGGGUUUUGGGUAUUGGUAUGGAAAAAGCUGGGUUAACUGUUUUGUCUUGUUGUUGCUGGUGAGGUUGGGAAAAGGGAAGCGGUAUGACGGCUGCUCAGGCAGUUGAUUGAAGAUCGUUAGC